AUGCGCCUAUUGUCCCAUUUGAGGUUAUUCAGUGCAGCAGUAUUUUUUAUUGGCAUCCUCGAUGUUCUUGCAUCGCCCCAGAAAUCUUUGGGAACAUUGUACCGAUGGAAACAAAUGGGUUUUGUUUUUCCCACGCCUGAAGAUAGAGAUGCUGCGAUUCAGAGCGGGGCGUAUAUACCAGCCAAUGUAAUUCCUCUGGGUGUGGAAAGAUGGAAGAGCAGAGUAUUUGUGAGCACUCCACGAUGGAAGAAGGGAAUUCCAGCGUCUCUAGCAGCUCUGCCUAUCGAAGCCACGGAGGCCUCACCUCCACUCACUCCUUAUCCUAGUUGGGAUUGGCAUACCGCAGACAACUGUACCGGAAUCACCUCCGUGUUUAGAAUGGCCAUCGAUCAUUGUGGCAUAAUGUGGGUGCUCGAUUCUGGCCAAGUUGAAGCCUUCGAAACGCCUCGCCAAAUAUGUCCACCAACACUGAUAGCAAUCAAUUUGGAGAAGGACUCAGUAGUUGGAAGAUUUCAAAUACCCGAACAAUUCGUCCUGCAAGAUUCGUUAAUCACGAAUAUAAUAGUAGAUUCCAGAGAUCCACAGUGUAGAGACUUACAUGUGUACAUUUCUGAUGUAAGGCGUUUUGGCCUCAUUGUAUUUAGAGCGGCAGACGCAGCAUUUUGGAGAUUCAGCCACUACACUUUCUAUCCUGAUCCUAUACUAUCUAAUUACACACUUCACGGGGUAAACUUCCAAUGGACAGAUGGUUUAUUUGGUAUGUCGUUGGGAAGUUAUCAUUUAGGCGAUCGUCCUCUCUACUAUCACUCUAUGUCGAGUUCUCUAGAAUUUGUGGUGUUAACCUCAGUAAUACGUGAUCCUUCACGCGUAAACGACUCUGUGGAUGAAUUCAAGCUGCUCGGUGAAAGCCGGGGCCCCACAGGACAAGUAUCCGCCGCAGCUGUCGACCGCAACGGUAUCAUGUUCUUUAAUCUUGUUUCGCAAGACAGUAUCGGAUGUUGGGACACACGCAAGCAAUACAAGAUUGAAAAUUUAGGCAUUGUGGCGAAAAAUAAUAAAACAUUAGUAUUUCCUAACGAUCUUAGAUUGGAUCAUGAGGUUCCACAGGUAGGAUGGAUUAUAUCUAAUAGAUUGCCGAUGUACCAAUUUAAUUUGAACAAUGCUAAUGAAUAUAAUUAUAGAGUUAUGUUUUUAGAUCCACUUGCAGCAAUUAAACACACCGUUUGUCAAUAUAACUAA